AUGCCUGAACUUCAGCUAGCGGGUUACCAGUUCUAUAAAGAGCCGUGUGUAUCUGCACGCGCAUACCGACAUGUGGCACCCAGCAUCGAGUUGGUGAGAGCGCAGAAGGUGCAAGAGUUAACCGAGGCCUUGCACGCGGCUGUAGACAGUCAGUAUGGGGGCCCUUCAACACAGGGACGCAAACGCGUACACGAAUCUUCCCAUUAUAACGAUGGCAGUGGGAGUGCCGUGCCUAUUUUGGCCCUGGAGCGAUGGAUGUUCAACGCCAAGGAUCUCGAGAGGGAUGCUCUGCGUGAUAUUUCGGGGAAAACAGGCGAUGAAGGUGGUGAGAAAAACCAAGAUUAUGAGAAAUCUGUGGGAAGAACAGAGGAAACCGACGCGCUGCUGCCGGAUAUUAUAAACGUAGCUGAAAAAGUUGAGCCAGUGCUGGUCAGAGAUCUAGUCAGGGGUAGCCAUACACAGGAGAGUGCCGCGGAAAUAGCGACACACGUAGCCGAGCUGUCGCACGAAUUUGCGGUGGGUAUCAAUCGGCUCUGUAAAUUAGGUUUAUCUGCAGACCUCGAACCGAGUUCGUCCAUGGCACCGAGCUGCCCGCAAUGCGGAAAGAUAAUCGAGGUGCGGGUACGUGUGACCAUGCACAAGCACACGAUCGAUGUCAACACUGUGCGAAUUCGUCAACGACCAGAUAUGAAGCAGAAAGGUACGCAGGUAAAAUAUGUGCAAGGUGUCAAAGAAGAGGGACUAGAGGGGGGUGAUGGUACGAAUGUUAGUGUAGGGCCGCCGGUAUGUGCGGUGUGUGUUGCUGACGGUCGCACUGCACCCACCCGUCUGCUGAAGCUCAACCACGAGCACUACGCCAAACUACGAGCUUUGUGGGAUAGCGCACAGGCGGCCGAGUCUGUGGCGGACCAUGCAGGAAAUGCAGACGGUGAUGGUAUGGGCAACAGCAAGGCGAAUAAGAAGAGGAACAAGAACAAGAAACGGAACGAAAAUAGGAGAAAGAAAAAGAAGGCGAAGGGCGAAAGGGAUGGUAACAACAACGGCACUGGGGCGGAACAUGAGGAGAAAACUCCCACCGACACCAUCAAAGACAUUAAGAAUAUCGAGGGUAAGCAGGGCAAGAAGCACAGCGACACCAAACCUAGCAGCAAAACCAGUGCUGAGCGUAGUGCGGAGAAGGAUACAUCAACUAACGAGGCCAAGAAAGGCGACACUGCAAUCACCGGCGCUAUCAAGAGAAGCAACAGCAGUACGGUUAAGCGUGUUACUUCCGAUAAGCAUGGCAAGCCGAUCGAGCUCGAUGACAAGCAGCACAAGAAUACUGAGGAGCUGUUCCACAACGAUCUCUACAGUAUGCUUCUACGGUAUAAUGCCCUGAGUGGCAUGGGUUUCCAGGCGGCGUGUAGCGAGCACGUGUUUGCGGCUCUGAAGUCUCUUUUUAGAACAGACUUCGAGUGCUUCUCCUCGCCUCUCAACACGCACCACCCGCUAUACUGCAGCGCGUAUAUUGACACCGAUUUUCAUUUUGGAAGCAGAGGCAACUUCUUUGACUUCUACCCCGCCUCCGGGUCAUUCCAGGCCAACCCACCGUUUGUAACCGGUGUGAUGGAGCGAAUGGCGAAGCACAUUGAAACACUUCUGCAGAAAGCGAACACCAAUUCGCAACCACUGUCGUUCAUCGUGGUUGUGCCUGGCUGGGUUAAUGAGGUGUCGUACCAGACAAUGCUGGCGAGUCCGUUCAUGGAAGGGGAUGGCCCAUUGUUGAUCAGCAAGGACGACCAUGGUUUCUGCGAUGGUGCUCAACAUCAGCGCCAGGACCGGUACAGGAACUCCCCGUUUGACACGGCAAUCUUCUUCUUACGUACCGACGCGGCACGCAAUGUAUACGGCGAACGCACCUUCGAGAGCGAUGCUAUACUUCGGAAAGCGUUUGCUGAAGCACUGCCGAGUGAUGCGGCAGUUGCCAGGAGAGCCAGAGACGCGCGCGGGUUUGCGGACCUGGAUAGAAUGGGGAAUGGCAGUAGUAAGAAGCGCAAGGGGUUUUUUAAGCGGUAUUAAAGGCCAACUAAGGCGGUAUAAAGGCUUGCUAUGAAGUUUGGUACUAAGACGUGGAGUUUUCGUCCGACUCGGUCUGAGAAUCACACUCAACACGAGUUUCAAGAAAGUGGCUUGUAUAUUCAGCGACAGCUAAGCGGGGAUAUGCGGCCCUGGAUACCAUUAGAUGGGGGAGAAGCAAUUGCAUGCACGAAGGCCACUUUGAGAAAGUCUCACUAAAGUGUUAAAGGCAAACUGAGGGCUUCCUAACUAGGGUGAGGAGGUGGCGUCAGGCUCAAUAUUGUGGGAGUAUCGGCUAAGAGGUUUGGUAG